AUGCAGAGUGAAGAUGUGGACAACGCUUUUGAUGAUCACGUCAAAGUACUGGAGGACAACGAUGAAACUAUGGACGAUCAAUUAAAAACAAUAGCUGAUUUUAUUUCGCGGUGUGAUCCUUCGAAGAAACCAUUUCUAAAUCAGAGUUUCAAGGAUUUGGAUUCUGUGUAUGAGUUCUAUAAAGAAUAUGGAAGAGUUUGUGGUUUCGUUAUCAGAAAAUCAGAUGGAAAAAAACGACCGAUCAGAUCUGUUCACGUUUUCGAUUCAGAUGGUGGUGAUAGUGGUGGAGAUGGUGGAGGUGAAGGUAGAAAUAAUGGAGGUGGAGGUGGAGAUGAAGGUGGUGGUUAUGGAGGAGGCGGGUGGCAUAGAGGUGGUAGUGGUUAUGAAGGAGUCGACGACGAAGGUGGUGGCAGUAGAGGUGGGGUUGGUGAAGAAUCUGAAGUUGGAGGUGAGUUUGGUGAAGAUGGAGGUGGAGAUGGGGUUGUUUAUAAAUUUAGUGAUAUUUGCUUUAGGAUUUAG